UUUGCUAAAUAAAUAAAUAAUUAUUAUAGUUUAUGAAGGCUAUUUUGAUUUGGUGUUAUUUGAAAAGCUAAUUGUUUUAUUCUAUGAAUCUAAAUUGAUUGGAAGAAUUUUAUGAAGACAUUAUGGCAUCAAUAAAGCAAUUCGAUCGAUGUUGUAAUCCAUUUAAGUUGGAAUCACAUUUAAGAAAAAUGGGUUUACGUCCAGCAACUGACAUUAUGAAAGUAACGUUAGGAUUAGAUGGAAAUUAUUUGUUAUGCAGUUCGUGUCGAAAAGAAGCUUCAAAAUUAGUGAAGGAACAAACAAAUGCUAGUGAUGAUCCUAAUGUUGAUGCAAGUGACCAUGAAGAUGAUUCUAGUGACAACAAUGAGAACAAUGAUGGUGCUGACAGUGAUAGUAACACAACUGCCACGGAUCUCCCGUUAUCCUUAUCAUUUCGUUCCUUGUCGUUUAAUAGCGAACCCAAAAAUUCACAAUCAAGCUCGGCAUCCCAAGUUAGCGCUGCACUCAAUUACCCGUUAUAA